GGCUCAGUGUCCACCAUUUCAUGCUCUGGAAUCUUCACUCUCGAAAAAGUCGCCUUUCCUCCACCGUUAUAAGCUCUGCCUCCUGAAGCACGUCCCACUUCUUAAAACCAAGGAAACACAAUACGAAUGAGAUUUCUUGUCAAAAUCUUGUCGAAUCUUUGUCUUCCAGCGAUGCUGCUGCUGCUGCGGCUGUGUUUUUUUCUGACAUCAGGACUGGUCACUGGUUACCGUAGUCCUCUGAAUGACUUCCAGCGCUCAGAGGGGCGGGAACUGGUACCAACUUCAUGGAACUCAGCCCACGUUCUCACCCUGUCGGUUCUCAACUUAGAGGAAUGCGCAUCCCACUGCUCUAAUUCACUGGAUUGCAGAGCAUUCAACUAUGAAACACGACCGACGGCCACGUGUAAACACCUGCCCUGGGUCGGUGAUGGCAGGAACGCGGACGUGAAGCGCAACGUCAACUGCGACCUUUACGAGAAGAAGGUCUACGUCCGCAAGUGCAUUGUGGGUAAAGGGGAGGACUACCGGGGGAAGGUUUUCACCACACGAAGCGGACUCACUUGCCAGCAGUGGUGGUCCAAGUUCCCUCACGAUCACAGGUGGACUCCGUUACCCAACAACGGCUUGGAGUUGAACUACUGCCGGAAUCCUGAUGGAGAUCGCAUCGGGCCCUGGUGUUACACGACUGAUCCCGAGCGGCGUUAUGAGAGCUGCAGCAUCCCUCAGUGCAAGGAUGAGGUGUGCAUCACAUGCAAUGGCGAAGACUACAGGGGGCAGGUGGACCACACCGUAAGCGGCAAGGAGUGUCAACGCUGGGACCAGCAGUACCCUCACCAACACAUCUACCAGCCUGAAAAGUACCCCGACAAGAGUCUAGACGACAACUACUGUCGUAACCCUGACGCUUCACCAGUGCCAUGGUGCUACACCACCGACCCCAACGUAGAGCGAGAGAGCUGCGAGAUCAGCAAGUGCACCGAAGUGCGCGUAGAAAAGCGUCAACGCUCCAGCUUCACUACCAACUGCUUCCGUGGGCGUGGUGAGGACUACCGCGGUAGAGUCAACGAGACCACGUCGGGCAUUCCCUGCCAGCCCUGGGACGCGCAGUAUCCUCACGAGCAUCCCUUUUACCCCAACACAUAUGAAUGCAAGGGCUUGGAGGAGAACUACUGCCGUAACCCGGACGGCUCCGAGGCCCCGUGGUGCUUCACAUCUUUGCCAGAGAUGAGGACAGCGCUCUGCCUGCAGAUAAAACGCUGUGCAGACGACAUCGACGCAGAGGAUUGCUAUCAUGAAAAUGGAAGAAACUACCGCGGCAUGGUGCGCAAAACUCGCAAAGGCAUCACCUGCCAAAAGUGGAACGUGAACACACCUCACCACACCAAAAUAAACCCUAAAACGCAUCCUGAGGCCAACCUGACUGAGAACUACUGUCGUAACCCAGAUGGGGACCAACACGGUCCCUGGUGCUACACCAUUGACCCUAAAACAGAGUUUGACUACUGUGCCAUCAAGCAAUGCGCUGGAGAAAGAGUACCCCUCACAGAAGCAGUAGAGAAGGUUGAGUUCAGCGAGUGUGGGAAAAGAGAAGACCGCUUCCAGAGUACCAGGUUACGCAUCGUAAACGGCAUUCCUGGGAACUCGCCGUGGACAGUUAGCUUAAGAGACAGGAAAGGAAACCACUUUUGCGGGGGCGCCUUGGUGGACGCCAGAUGGGUGAUCAGCACAAAGCAGUGUUUCUCUUCCUGCUACGUGGAUCUGCCUGGCUACUCGGCCAUGAUGGGUACUUUGUUCCGUGACCCGCAGGACGGUGAACCCGGCGUGCAAACCAUCCCUCUCACUAAGAUCGUUUGCGGACCCUCCGAGUCGCAGCUGGUCAUGCUGCAGCUGGAAUCCCCGGCUCAGUUUAACGAGCGCGUCUCUCAGAUCUGCCUGCCUCCCGAACGUUACAUCGUGGCCGAGGGGACCUUUUGUGAGAUCGCAGGGUGGGGCGAGACCAAAGGCACUGGAGAUGAGACCGUCCUCAAUGUUGCACAGAUACCGGUUCUCAGCAAUAAGGAUUGCAACAAAUACUUCCGAGGUCGAGUUCGAGAGAAUGAGAUGUGCACCAGCUCCUUCCAGGGAGGUGUGGGAGCCUGCGAGAGAGACUAUGGUGGUCCAUUGGCAUGUCAGAACCACGACUGUUGGGUCUUAGAGGGUGUGAUCAUCCCUAUGAGGCGCUGCGGGCACCCGGGCCAACCCAGCAUUUUCAUCCGCGUGUCGGUCUACGUGGACUGGAUCAAGAAGGUCAUGGGCUUUGCUUAAGGAGGAGGAUUAGGGAAGAAUGUUUGAUUUGAUGUUGAUGUUGUUGUUUUUUUCCAAUAGAACACCAAUGGUAAGAUUUAUUUACCACUGACAUCCUUGACAUAGUUUAAAUCUCUCAAAUUACUCGUAUACUAAAUAAAUUUUCUCAAGGCUGGAACUGAUUGAGGAUAUUUCCAUUCAUUUCAAUUAGACAAGAUGAUUUUAGAUGCGAGUGUUUUGAGCGACGAGCAUGGUCUCAGAACAAAUUAAACUUGGCAGUGCUUUAAGUGGCUGACUCCCACCUCGGGUUUAUCGUAUGCACAGAUUAACUCCCCUGACUGAAUUGAACAGAGCUCCAAAGUCCCUUUUACUGUAUGCCCCCCUGCCAUCUCUCUCCCAAAAAGAAAUCCCUCUUGAGUCGGUCUUUUGAUGGCGGCCACCCCAACCUCUGAAGACACGCCUUUGUCCCUAAUGCCCCACUGUAGCGCUGCACAUUCUUUCUAGUUCUAUAGGAGGAUUUUUGCAACGCGGUGCCGAUGAGCCCACGGAAUUCAGCUUAAAUAAACCUCAAGAUCAGAAGUCCCCAAAAGAAUCCCUGCAGAACACACUGUUCCAUUUUCUGUCUUCUUUUGUAUACCCGACAGUCAAAUGUAAACGCAUUUUUUUCCCAUUCUUCUUUAAAUGAUGAUGCUGCCAGGAACUCAUAAGUGUGGCCUUUCAAUUUGACUCGUUUCAUGUUGUUCAUAUAUGAGUGUCGCUGUUGAGUAAUCUCACACUUCUGGGAAAACAAAGUUUUCGUUUUUUAUAAUAAAUGAAUGCUGCCAAAGAAA